AAUAAGUUUUGGUUUGUUGAGAAGAAGGGGAUGUGCUAUAACUGACCGGUUACUGUUAACCACCUACCUCUUGGAUUUCCAAAAUGCGGAGACUGAAUGCCCUUAAUCAGAAACAAGCUUUGAAAGUUGUGAAGGAGCUUGAUGCCUUUCCCAAAGUCCCAGAUGACUACAAGAAAACGACACCCUCAGGAGGAGGAAUUUCCAUUGUGGUCUUCAUCCUUAUCGGUGUCCUUGUGAUGUCAGAAGUUGCCUACUAUGCUUCCACCCAGCUCAAAUUUGACUAUGAAGUCGAUACAGAUGCUGAUGCGAAGCUGAAGAUCAACAUUGAUAUGACAGUAGCCAUGCCUUGUCAAUUUAUUGGAGCAGAUGUAGUUGAUAUGACUGGACAAGAUACCAAUAUGUUUGGGCACUUGAACAUGGACAACACAUAUUUUCAACUAACCCCUAAACAACGUCAAUACCAGGAUGUGGUCCAGGAGAUUAACGCCUAUCUGAGGGAGGAGUAUCACGCCAUACAAGAACUUCUUUGGAUGUCUGGUAUCUCUGCCGUCUACAAACGAGGCAUGCCACCUAGGGAUGACAAUCCUGUGGGACAACCGGAUGCCUGUCGAGUUCACGGAUCCUUGGAGGUGAACAAAGUAGCAGGAAACUUCCACAUUACAGCAGGAAAGUCAGUGCCGAUGAUACCCAGAGGACACGCCCACAUCUCCAUGAUGAUUAAGAACUCUGAUUACAACUUUUCUCACAGAAUUGACCAUUUCUCAUUCGGCGAGGCAGUCAAUGGAGUGAUCAACCCUUUGGAUGGAGAGGAAAAUGUCACACCUGACAACUUCCAUAUGUACCAGUAUUUCAUGCAGAUUGUACCUACAGAAGUUCGAACCUAUGCAGCUAAUGUAGACACUUACCAGUAUGCUGUCUCUCACAGGAACCGAAGCAUUGAUCACUCUUCUGGAAGUCAUGGAGUGCCAGGAAUAUUUGUCAAAUACGAUUUGAAUUCUCUGAAAAUUCGUGUACGAGAGGUUCAUCGACCGUUUGGACAGUUUCUAAUACGUUUGGUUGGAAUCAUUGGAGGAAUAUUUUCUGUAUCAGGUAUAAUGCACUCAUUGGCUGGAGUGGUCACUGAUCUAAUCUGCUGCAAAUUCAAACUUGGACAAUAUAAGAUGGAAGAUAUAACGAGCAAUUUUACCAACUCUAGUUCAAUAACAGACAAUUUUCCAUCAGAAAAUAUCCCUGGAGUCAAUUUACUGGCAACAGACAGCUGAUGAUAGUGUUCAUAGACAAAUAUAUUUAAAAUUGAUAAAAAUUUUGAUUAGAAUAAUGAAACUGUGUAGAAAAAAAUGGACUACUUUGUUGGUAUCUAAAGUACCUACAUACAUUCCCAGAAGUACUUGAGUAUGAUGUUUAAUAAUAUAUACAAUCAUGAUACAUAUAAGCUUGAAUUUAUACAAGGAUUUACUUAAAUUGAUGUAAAUAUAUGUGAUGAACAGGUAUAUAUCUUUCGGUCUACCUUAUUUUCUCCUGGUUUGGGUCUCAGUAUGGUGAUAUGUAGAAAAAAAUCACAAUCCUCAAAGUGAUAUCUUCUACGUGCGAUGAUAUAUCAGAAUAAGUUUGUAUGCGGCUGCUGUUUAAUUGUUACUCAUGUCUGUCCAUUGCAUCCUGUCAUGUUCUCAGUCAGGUUCUCAAUCAUGUUAUAUCUGAAGUCUUGAGAACCUCACAACAUUUGUUACAUACUGUUAGUGUCUUAACAUAAAAAGGUGGUCUUCAUAAAAGGUCAAGGGUCACAUUUUACAACUUUUGUAUCAUUUAAGUGAAAAUAAUUCUUUUGAGAAACCUGUUUUCUGAUACCACAGCUUUAAUUUUGAAAUAGCAGAUUAAUGCUACAAUACAUUGGGUACAAUCUAACAUACAAAACAUAAAGUAAACUUGAUGAAUUAUGUAUUAAUCAUCAGCAUUAAUAUUAAAAACAAGUUGGUAUAGACAUUUUGAAGUGAAACAAUUUCCCCCUGUUCCUGUGGAGGUCUAUCAGGAAUGUGUAAGCUAAGAUAAAUGAGUACCAUUAUACUUUAACAUUAUUUCACAUUGUUACACUUGAUUACAUAAUCAUUUUGGAAUGCCCGUUGUGUAUUCCAGCUCAGAUCUGAUGCAAAAUAAUAUUUCUAGUUUGAUCAAUUCAAACAUUUUGUGUGAAGUGAAACUUCAUUUUACUAGAGAGUCAAGCAAAACUUAAUUGAUAUAUUUUCCAACUUUAAAAUCACACUGCUACCCAGGUGUCUAACCAAUCAAGUCAGUACUGUUACCGUUUCUGCUUGGCUUGGUAAUCUAAUUUUUAUGUCUUCGUGAUUUCAUUAGGUAUAAUAUACCUUGGUGUUAUCUGUGUCUGUCCAUCCGUCCAGUCAUGUACCAUCUUGAAAAACAUCUUGAGAACCUCUCUAACAACAAAAGUUGUUUAAAUAUAUCCUAUAAUACCAUAACCUUAUGUUCUAGGCCUUAGAUUGUCAGCGGUCAAAGUCCAAGGGUUAACUUCUGCAAAUUCAUCAGACAAGGACACAUAUACUUUUGUCAUGUAACCACCUGUUUCCUGUAUAUAUUAUAUAUAUCCUAUAGUACCAUAACCUUAAGUUCUAGGCCUUAGAUUGUCAGCGGUCAAGGUUAAAGGGUUCAAGGUUAAAGGGUUAACUUCUGCAAAUUCAUCAGACAAGGACACAUGUACUUUUGUCAUGUAACCACCUGUUAUCCUGUGAAUUCUCCCUGUUACGUAUUUGUUUUACUAGUGUAAUAUACCGAGGAGGUUUUCAUUGACUACACCAGUAAGAAAUUGUUUAGGUAUGUCAUAAUAUGGUCAAUGGUGUUAUAAAUUGAAAAUGGUGCAACAAAAUAGCAGCCUUCUUUUGUCUGGUCUUCCAUAGAACCUGAGAUUUGUGAUAAAAGGUCUUACAUCAAUAAAAACAUCUGUUUGAUAAAAUAUAAUAUGAAAUGACAACCCUACACAUAUGCAUGGGAGCAGGGAAUUCAUAUCCAAGACAUCUUUUGGCUUUUUUCAAACAAAAAUUGACAUGACAUAUUGCCUGCAGUAUUGUGAAAUGGAAUGCGUUGCAUUAUAGAUGUAUUAAGUACUUUAAAUUUGAUGCGGUCAGGUUUAACUUUGUUGCAACACAGGAUUUUUUUCCUUUAUAUAUCUACACAGGAAGAGAAUGUUGAUUCCUGGUGUAUCAGUGAUGAUCUGAUGAGAUUAAAUUUGUUAUUUACUGAUCAAUAAUACACAAGUAUUCUCUCCAAGGCUUGUCAAGACUGUUGGUAUUUGAUAGAUAGCUCUCUAUUGAUAAAGAGAAGAAUUAAAUUGUACCUCCGAGUAGUUUGAGAAAUCUGUUGUACCUCCAAGUAAUUUGGGAAAUCUUUUAAUGGUCAAAAUAUUAAAUUAAAUUGUAUUGAUAAGACAUCAGAGCUUAUUUAAGACCUCUCCAACAUAAUUUUAAAAUAUUGAAAUUAUCAGAACUGGUAAUGCUUGGUCAUGCUGACUUUCUAGAUGGGUACCGUAGUAUUUAUAUGUAAGGCCAACAAGAGUGAUUAGUAUAAGUUGAAAUAACUUGUUUCGCAAUUGUUGUAAAAUAAAUCAAGUUUAAUAAAGUUAUAUGUAAUUAAUUAUAGACAUGUUAUCAUUUAUGUAAACACCAUGUAUCAUCACUGUGUGAAAGGUUCAGUUUUAAGUGGGCAUGCUUGGUAUGAAAAAUGGUGACAUACUUUUCAUCAGAUGUUCAUGUAAUGAAAGUUAAUAUCAAUUAUGCCAUGUAUGUUAAUGUAGUGUUGGAUGAGUUUGUAUGGAUAAUCUGAGUAUUAGGAGUUUAUUUAUUAAGAGUUGAUUUAUAGUAAAACUGUGUAAAGUUGUCAAAUCCGUACCAUAGUUCUCGGAAUAGAGAGGGUUUAACAGGCUAGAUCAGUAUGUAAAUGAAAAAAAUUAAUUAGGAAAUAAAUGGUUGAUUUUUUUGCACAGUGUUUAUGUUUGAAUAGAUUGAUUUCAUGAAAAACAUAAAUUUUUACUGUGUAUUUUUAUACAUGUACAACGUACCGAUAUCGUAAUGUUUCACUGAUUUACAAAAAAGAAUAUCAUACACAUCUAUUACCUUAAAAUUGUGUCAAUUCAUACAAGUCUAAUUUUAUCUACAGUAUUAACUUGAAUACUUUCUGACACAAGACAAUUUCUGUAUGAAUACAAUUUAAUUGUAAGUUGGAUCACCAAUCAAGAGUUGGUACAGGAGUAUUAGCUUUAUUUUACACGGAACUCUUUUGUCUCCAGUGAAGUUGCUCUUGCUACAAAUCUGCUACACAUUUGUAAACGAAAGCUUUUGUUCAAUAACUGAAUAUGAUCCAUUUCCAUUGUUUAUAUUAGAUGAAAUGUUGGAAACACAAACAUUUGAGCUCUUUAAUGGAUCUAUAAUAGAAAUUCAGUUUAUAAGAAAUGUAUCAAAAUAAACAUUCUUACGAGACAUUUGGGAAUGUGACAUUACUUACUUGGAUUGACCAAGAUUUACAUGUUAAGUGUCGUCAAUGAAGCAGAUGAUGUUCACUCUUCUGGAACACUUCAUUUUAUUCUCCUUGUACCAUUUUCUUUGUGUAAAUAUUUUUUUGUUUAUGUUUUGCACAAGUUUUAUCAAAUUUGAGUUUGGAUUAUGAUUCUGUAACAUAUUGGUAUUUUCUUUGCGUGUAUGUUCUCCUCAGAAGAGAGAAGUUGAUAUUUUCUUGUGAAAUUCACUAAAUCCAAAGAUGGCAUUGUGUUUAUGGGAGAUUAAUUUGAGGUUUGCAUUACAAGGGCACUCAACCAUGUUAAUGAAGAUUAAGGUAUAAUGAUAAUCAUAUCACUUGUACCGGUAUUUUAUCUUGCAAGCGGACUUUUAAAAAAUCAGUAUAAUCGAGGAAAUAUGUACUUUUACACAACACAUGUACCUGUAUUUUUUAUCUGAAAUCCAGCAAUAAAAUUCUGUUUUAUAGAAAUUGGAAA